GUUAUCGUGCCGCAGAUAUUUUGCAUAUUUUUGCGACAUUACCCACACAACGUGAGGCGUAAGGCAACUGCAAUUACUCAAAUUAAGAGGGUGGCGGCAGGGAUAAAAAACCGCCAUGUUUGAGUUGCACAUCCAUCAUCUAUUAGUCGCAAAUGGAAGCUUUUUAUGAGUCAAAUUCCCCAAAAAACAAUCCAGAGCAGACAUAUUUUUUAAAGAGGGUUUUAAGAAUGGAAUGCAUUUACAGCAGGAGAGCAAAGCGGGAUCUUUGAGGAUGCUCGCGCGGGUUCUCAUCGUCUCCAGAAGAUGCCUUCGUAAGAACAAAUUCGUUGAUUUUGUAGGAGAGUACCACUUAGAUUUGAUAGCGAACUAUGGGGCAGUUCCAGUUAUUGUCCCAAGAAUCUCAUCCAUACAGCAAAUGCUAGAUGGCUUUGAGCCUUUUCAUGGAGUUCUUCUUUGUGAAGGGGAGGACGUGGACCCUUCCCUCUACGAGAAUGAGAAUGGUUUAUCCCAUGAUGAACUGGACCAAAUAAGGAAAUUGCACAGUAGUGAUACUACCAUAGACAGAGCAAAGGACUCCAUUGAAUUACAGCUUGCCCGGUGCUGUCUGGAAAGGAACAUACCAUUUUUGGGUAUAUGCAGAGGAUCUCAGCUCCUCAAUGUAGCCUGUGGGGGAACCCUAUAUCAGGAUGUAGAGAAAGAGGUGUCUGAAAAAUCAGGCUUUGAUAUUAAGCAUGUAAACUAUGAUAAUUAUGAUGGUUAUAGGCACCCUAUCAAAGUGGUAGAAUAUACUCCACUCCAUUCUUGGUUUCAAAAUUCAUUAGGAGUCAAUAUGGAGAUUAUGGUUAAUAGCUAUCAUCAUCAGGGGAUAAAGAAGUUGGCAGAGAGAUUCAGGCCAAUGGCAUAUGCCCCAGAUGGUUUGAUUGAAGCAUUUUAUGACCCAAAUGCAUACAAUCCAGAGGAAGGUAAAUUCAUUAUGGGUCUGCAAUUCCACCCAGAAAGAAUGCGCCAUGAUGGCGAAUAUUGCACAGAGAAUGAUUUUGAUUAUCCGGGAUGCUCGAGGGCCUACGAGGAAUUUGUUAAAGUUGUGAUUGCGUAUCAAAAAAAGAGGUCGGCCUGCAGCGGAGAACGUGAAGCCGUGAAAGUGGGUGGCGAAAUGGAAAAGCAAGGCAAGAGAAUAGUGAAGAGUUAUUCUCUAUCCAAGCUGAUAUACGAUGAUCAUAUCGAUACCAAUUCCUGUGCCAAAGCCUCAGCAUUACAUACUGAAGCAUUAUUUCUUCAGUUGGAUGCGAGGCUGAGUGUGAGAGCCCUGGAUAGAGAAGAGGAGAAGAGGUUGAAGCAAAUGGGAGCCACUGUGAGGAACUCCGCUUGUUAUAUGAAAGGGAUGAAGAAACAGGAGGACAUUAGAGUAAGAGCCCUAAAAUUCAUGGAAUCCAUGUCUACUGAACAGCUGUCAGAUUCUGUUGCAUUUUAUCAGAUGAUGAUUCACAUUGGAUCAGAGCUGCUGGAGGAAAAGCUUACGUCGUGACCUACAUUGAAUAAACCCACUUACGUCGCCUUCAAAUAUAGUUGACUGUGAUUGUAAAUAUAUAUUCCCAUUGAAUUUUUAUCAUCUCUUUCUAACAUACUUUCAAACUGAUCUUUUGAUUCAAUUCUGAAAGUUUCAUUUUUCUUUGCUUUACA